GGCGGGGCCGGAGUCACCUGGCGGCUCCGGACGCGGGCGCUCCCGGGGUCGCACGGGGCCGCGCACAGCCGCACCACCGACGGGCACGGGCGGCUCACCUCGAUCCCCUCGCGGCUACGCUCGCUCCCUGAGUUGUGCGGAUCGCGGGCCGAAGUCCUCCCGACAGCCACCGUGCGACGACACAGUGGCCCCUCAUCCGCGUCCCCCUGACAGCCUCGCAGUCCUUCCGCCGACACACAGGGACCCGCGGCCACGCGCGGACAGCCAGGCACCACUUCCACGGUCGCACCGUCCCACGCCAGUCGUCCUGACAGUCAUUUACACACCACGACACGCAACCACUCACACACAAGCGGCCUCGCCGCCACAGACGAGUCACUCACGCACGCUCCGAUGCCACACACACCGUGACAUGCCCCGAUCCGCUGUUACACCCAGGAGCAACUGGGCACAGUCACACAAAGAAGUCACUCGACAGUCACACGCACGCAGUCAUCGGGCCUCCCCGGGCGCACGCGGACACACACAGCCACCCCCUGGACGGGGAGCCUCAGAUGCGAUCGUCUUGACGGCCGCACAGUUCCACAAGGUCACACCCAGGGACGGCCACACCGCGGUCAUCCACAUUCGCGCGUCGAGGUUUAACUUCUCAGCGCUGCUGCGCACUAAUUGGGCGGUUUACUAAUUGGCCGUCACUGCCCGGCUGGGCCUCGGAUUCCAGUAGGCAGCGGCCAAUCGAGGUCUGUCCCCUCCCGGGAACGGUGAGCAGGCGUCCCUCCAGGCUGGGGCUGUAAUGCGUGACACCCUCCCUCCUCCAUGUUUCCAAGAUCGCCGCCCCCACCUCUGUCAGGUCCCCGCCGCUCUUCGCCGGGCGCGUUCCCAGCGAGGGAAGCUCGCGUGCCUGGAACCCCGAACCCAAGGCGUCAGGUCUCACUGCCCCGCCUGGCCCAGCCGGGAUGGGUUGGGCGCCUCUGCGCAGUCCGCGUUUCCUUCGGUCUCCGGGGAGGGAACUUUCAAACUUAGUUAGAAAGCCAUACUGUCCGCGCGUCCGCCGGUGGGUGCGUCGGUCCCGGGCCGGCUGGAGCCGAGCGCAGCUUUUCGUCACUCGGAGCCCGGAUUGAACAGCGCGCGUGGGUUUCCCGUGGCCUCGGCGCAGACGCGCGGGCUCCGUAGCGAUGCGUGCUUGAUGGUGACAGUGCCUACGUGGGGAUGAGUGACGGAAACCCAGAGCUCCUGUCAACCAGCCAGACCUACAACGGCCAGAGUGAGAACAACGAAGACUAUGAGAUCCCCCCGAUAACACCUCCCAACCUCCCUGAGCCAUCCCUCCUGCACCUGGGGGACCACGAAGCCAGCUACCACUCGCUGUGCCACGGCCUCGCCCCCAACGGUCUGCUCCCUGCCUACUCCUACCAGGCCAUGGACCUCCCAGCCAUCAUGGUGUCCAACAUGCUAGCACAGGACAGCCACCUGCUGUCGGGCCAGCUGCCCACGAUCCAGGAGAUGGUCCACUCGGAGGUGGCCGCCUACGACUCAGGUCGGCCCGGGGCCCUGCUGGGCCGCCCAGCGAUGCUGGCCAGCCACAUGAGUGCUCUCAGCCAGUCCCAGCUCAUCUCGCAGAUGGGCAUCCGGAGCGGCAUCACCCACAGUUCCCCGUCACCCCCGGGGAGCAAGUCAGCGACCCCCUCUCCCUCCAGCUCCACUCAGGAGGAGGAGUCGGAGGUGCAUUUCAAGAUCUCGGGAGAAAAGAGACCUUCAGCCGACCCAGGAAAAAAGGCCAAGAACCCAAAGAAGAAGAAAAAGAAGGACCCCAAUGAGCCGCAGAAACCCGUGUCAGCCUACGCACUCUUCUUCAGAGACACUCAGGCUGCCAUCAAGGGACAGAACCCCAGUGCCACUUUCGGUGAUGUGUCCAAAAUCGUGGCCUCCAUGUGGGACAGCCUGGGAGAGGAGCAGAAGCAGGCCUACAAGAGGAAGACGGAAGCAGCAAAGAAGGAAUAUCUGAAGGCUCUGGCAGCCUACCGGGCUAGCCUCGUCUCCAAGAGCUCCCCGGACCAAAGUGAGACCAAGAGCAGUCAGCCAAACCCACCAGCCAAAAUGCUGCCACCCAAGCAGCCCAUGUAUGCCAUGCCAGGCCUGGCCUCCUUCCUGACGCCAUCAGACCUACAGGCCUUCCGCAGCGGGGCCUCCCCAGCCAGCCUCGCCCGGACACUGGGCUCCAAGUCUCUGCUGCCAGGCCUCAGUGCGUCCCCGCCGCCACCACCCUCCUUCCCGCUCAGCCCCCCACUGCACCAGCAGCUGUCACUGCCCCCUCACGCCCAGGGCGCCCUCCUCAGUCCACCUGUUAGCAUGUCCCCAGCCCCCCAGCCCCCUGUCCUGCCCACCCCCAUGGCACUCCAGGUGCAGCUGGCGAUGAGCCCCUCACCUCCCGGGCCACAGGACUUCCCACACCUUUCUGAGUUCCCCAGCAGCUCGGGCUCCUGCUCCCCUGGCCCAUCCAACCCCACCAGCAGCGGGGACUGGGACAGCAGCUAUCCCAGCGGGGAGUGCGGCAUCAGCACCUGCAGCCUGCUUCCCAGAGACAAAUCGCUCUACCUCACCUAAUCCCGCCUCCCCCUCAUCCCUGAGGCUCGCUGGAAAGCACUGCUCAGAGCCUGAAGGGCUGACAGCAGAAAAGAGGCCCUGGCCAGAGGCAGGGUGGCCCAUCGGAGAGAUCCCAUUGCCCAGGGGCUGAGUCUCUUCCUCGACCUCCCACCAGACUCUGCAGAGACAGCCCCACUGCCUGCCGCCAGCCCAAAGAACCUGCAGGAACCUUCUGCCCACUGAUCUGCUUGCUCCAGGGUAACCGUGGACCCUGUCCUCGCCCUGCGCACGGUACCCUAUGUCUGGAUGCCUGGCCCCAGCCCCAGCUCACAGGGACUGCCCUUGGCGGAGUCGCUUACCAACGGACACCCACCCCGAUGCUUGGGCCAGGGGGCUGGCCCCCAUCAUAGACGUGCCCAUCGGCUUUCCAGUGUGAACAAGAUUACGAAACCUAUGAACUGUUGGUUCCGUGUAAGUAGUUGAUACGUGUUUUAGAACUGUGCUGAAGACAUCUGUAAGAUUAUUUUGUGGGGGAAAAAAAGUAGUUUCCUUUAAGGUAAAAAGCAUUUUAUAUGGCCCUUAGCACAUUUUUAAGUUUCGUCGUAAAGGAGACGUGCACAAAAGCGGCCGCCAACCCGUGUCGCCAUCCUCACAGCAAGGACCGGACGAUCGCGAGCCCUCACCCCCCACAUCACUCUCCUUUCUUCAACCAUGUAUUCAUGUAUUUUAAAUUGCCAGCGAUGACUUUUGUCUAUUUAUGAAGAAACCCUGAGAACAGAGUUGCAGCUUCUCCUACCGUGUGCGUGGUUUUGGGGUUUGGUUUGGGUUCUUGACGUUGUUUGCAGCUGUUUUCUGGCCCUGGCGAGUGUCUGUCUUGGUGCCCAGUGCUUCUCUCAAAUCUCUUUAUAAUAAAACUUCUGAAAAGCUG